AUGGCCAAUGCACGACGACGACGUAAACACGACGAAACGAAGGAACGUCAAGACAUCGUGGUUCCUGCAUUAUUAUCAUUCUACACCAAGAAGCAGGGACGCUCUGUUUCCAAGGAGAAUGUAUUUCCAAACCGUCCUUCUUGGGAAUCGAUUGAAAAUGGUAACGGGAAGCCGCCAAGGUCAUCCAAUGACAACCAAGGCUAUCAUGGCAUGAUGAUAGCCGAGUCAAGAGAAGACUCCUCCUUUGCAGGAUCAUCCUUUGUCUCUCGGGAAGUAUCUCUUUUGGACAGAGAGGCCCCACCAGAAGCGGCACCUGUCAAGCUUUCCUCAUCACCCGAAGCUGGCCGACAAAAAGUCCUGGCCCACAAUCGAUCCUAUUUUGCAAAGAGUCGUCGUCGCAUUGCCAAUGAGAAUACUCCAGCACGAAGCAAGUUUGCCUUGCGCCCAAAGUCGAUUGUGCGCAAAUGGAAUCACUAUGCUGACAUGGAGGAACAGGGACUUGCUGCGUCUCCUCGUCAUUGUACCAAAUUGGCCAAGUCUCGUCUUCACAUGGAACUAUUGGCGGCCACCUCCUCUUUGGAUUCCAAUGACGAGGACGAAUCAUCCUUUGCGCCGUCUGUUACGAAAGAAGAAAAAGGAGGUGCAUUGCCAUUCAUUCCAAAAUCUGGCACCAAUCGUGAGGUGCAAAAUGACAAUGAGGAGUACAAUUUUGCCGAGACCAAAGUUGGUCGUUUGAUGAAUCCGGCGGGAAAAGGUACUUUGCCAUUCGUGCAAGAAUUAUCUUGCAUUGAUCGCGAGGUGAAAGGCGUCGACGCGAACGAGGCUCCUACCGAAAUACCGGUGAACUACAACCCUGCUUUGCCAGUUGAGCCUUUUGACCAACAAGAUGAUGGCUUUCAACAUAUCACCGAGACUGGCUUUCCUGCCACUGGUUUGGAUGACAAUGACAAUGACCCAAUGCAAGAGCGUUCCGAUGACGACCUUGCUACAAAACUCACCAUUUGCACGACAAUGGAAUCGGACAGUCCUUCCCUCAGUUCCAUUUCGGACAAUGGUACUACUGAUGAAUCAUCAUUGUCAUUGUCCUUUCAAAGUCUGCCAACAACAGAUACCAAGCAUCAAUGUGCUCGACAACAUGAGAUUGUCAAUUUGUCAUUGGCCCAAAUCUUGGUCCAGAGCUAUCAGCCAGAUCCAAACAAUCCAGGGUAUUGGAAGAAGAAGGAAGAAGGCGAUGAGACCAAGACCAAUGAUGUCUCUACACAAAAGUCUUUUCUACGCAAGGAUACUCCCCUGCCCAACUUGAACACCUUUUUGGCAGAGGUCAAGGCUCGUCGGAACGAAAUCAUGGUCAAGACCAACCAAGAAGAACAGACUGCUCCCAUGGUGGAGGACUGGUAUGGCGUAAAGCGUCAAUCAAAGCACGCAAGUCGGCCAAAACUUCCAUGUCCCAAUGUUGGUGGUCAGCACCAGACGAAUCAUCAGGGGUCGCCCAAGAACCUCUUUGCAGAAUUGCAAGCCAAACACCGCGAAAUUGGUGGCCGUCCUGUGCACAAAACAAAGCAGAAGCGCAUCGUUGUGGCAUGCGAACCACCACCGCCAAGUUCGGGAUCUGCCAAUACGCUCUUGUCCGAAUUAAAGGCAAAGCAGCAGGAAAUCAAGUAUCGAUCCGUCCAUCCAACCAAGGAGACGGCGAUUGUAAACGCCAACAGGGGAACUGGCUUUCUCCCAGAUCUCAUGACCGAGCUCAAGGCAAAGCAACAAGAAAUCAAGUGUAGACCCACAAGCAGUCCAGCAAAAGGAGUGAAUCCUACUGUUGCUGGCAAGAGGAAAGCUGGGUCUACCCCAGGACUCAUGAGUGAGCUAAAGGCCAAACAACGAGCAAUUGAAGACCGCUUUUAUUCUCGAUUGGCGAAUUUUCAAAGCUCCUGGCGGAAUGAGGUCGUGGUCAUUCCAGGAAAGUCUUAG